GAGAAAUGUCUCCGCAGUCAAGUGCAGAUGACUUGAGUGUUGCUCCUAACCAAACAUGUGCUGCUCAGAGAGGUAUUUUCUUUGAUAAUAUGAACAAUUUAUCAUUUGGAUAGUUAAGAUAUAUAGUAGAAUAUAGUGUUGCUAGAUGCAAGUGAAGCAUUUUAAGUAGGAGCUUGAUAGUUUUUAGUAUGUUUUGUGGUAUAUAAGCCACAAGGCGUGGACAUAGCAAAACAUACGUAACAACACACUCUAAAAAUCAAUACAACACGCCUUUCUGUAAGGCUCUCAGCAACAUCAAAACAUCUUGCCCUCUUCCUUUCUGAAACUAAGAGAACAAGCCAUCACUAUCAUAGUCAUUGUGUUCAAGGAAUCAUACCUCUAACCAGCUCAGUUUAACAUAGUGGAGUAUCAGGACGGCAUACUUCAUCUAACAGACUAGAAAACCAAAAUUUAUUGUUUACAGCUUCUGCUGUGACACUAAGAAGGCAUCACUAUGAGUAAAUCAAAAGACAGCAGCACCUCAUCUUUCACUCUUGAGACGGAUGACCAGACAGAGGAGGAAAGGUCAAAGGCCAAACAAAUGAAGAAAGGAGCCGCAAAAGACAAGAGGCCCAUGGAUUCUAACUACCUGGAUGACACAGAGGAACCUACAUGCAAAAUUAAAUUUAACCUACACUUUGACAGGGGGAUCAGAAAUGUAAAAGAGGAACCAGCUCAGCAUGACAAUGAGAGGUUUACCAUCAAGAAGCUGUUUGAGGCCGUGUCCAGUGGCGAGGUGUCAAAACUGCAGGGUUUACAUCAGUACCUGCACAAAAACAUGAAACGCCUCACCGACUCUCAAUUUAAGUCCGAUGGAAAGACAGCCCUGCUGAAAGCGCUUUUAAAUUUGCGGCAAGGCGAGAAUGACACUAUUGAACAUCUGCUGGACAUUGCAGACAAACUGGGAGAUUUAAAAAGUCUCAUCAACGCUGCUUACACAGACAGUAACUACAAAGGUCAGACAGCACUCCAUGUUGCAAUUGAAAGGAGGAGUGCAAAAUUUGUACAGAUGCUGGUUAAGAAAGGGGCCGAUGUCCAUGCUAAGGCCUGUGGGAAAUUCUUUCAACCCAAUCAAGAAAUGUGCUUCUAUUUCGGUGAGUUGCCCUUGUCGCUGGCCGCUUGCACUAAUCAGCCAGACAUUGUGGACUUCCUUAUGGACAACCCCUACCAGGCGGUGGAUGUCAGGGAGAGGGACUCUCAUGGAAAUACGGUGCUUCACGCACUAGUAUCCAUAGCUGAUAAUAGUCCUGAAAACACAGAGUUUGUCAAUGCCAUAUAUGACCACAUCUUAAUCAAAGCUGACCAACUUCUCCCCAAGAUCAAACUGGAGGAAAUCGAAAAUAACGAGGGACUCACACCAAUCCAACUAGCCGCCAAAACAGGAAAAUUAGGGCUGUUUAAGCACAUCGUGCAGCGGGAGUUUAAGGGGUGCAGGCAUCUGUCACGGAAGAUCACGGAGUGGGCCUACGGACCAGUGUGCUCGUCUCUGUAUGACCUCGCUUCCCUCGACACCUACGAGAAGAACUCCGCAGUGGAGAUAGUCGUUUAUGGCAGUGAGAUUCCCAAUCGCCUCGAGAUGCUCCAAAUUGAGCCUGUUAACAGACUAAUUGAAGAGAAGUGGGAAAGAUUUGCAAAACGGAUGUUCAUGUUCAACUUUAUCGUUUACAUUAUCUACCUUUUCAUCUUCACUGCUGUAGCUUAUAACCGCGAAGAAGGGAAGGAGAAGAACAACAGUGACAACCAAUCAUUAAAGCCUCCAUUUCAUUAUAAAAACAAUAGAGAAGGCUACCUGCUUCAGACAGGACAAGUCAUAACUCUCAUUGGAGCGGCUGUACUUCUUUAUUAGAGGAUUAACAGAUAUGAUAAGGAAGCGUCCGAGAUUUCAGUCACUGGUCAUAGAUGGAUAUACCGAUCAGCUUUUGAUGAAUAUCUGGCCUUUCUAGUGCUGAGUCUUGCCUUGAGCUGGGUAAACCUACUCUACUUCUCCAGAGGGUCCAAAAAUAUGGGAAUCUACAGUAUCAUGAUACAAAAGAUGAUUCUUGGAGAAAUUCGUCGGUUCCUUGUUGUGUACAUGGUCUUCCUCAUUGGCUUCUCUGCAG